CUAAAAUGGCAAGCAAAUUAUACGAAGACAUUGUGAAAAUCACGUCAAAUGAAAAGCCUUAUAUUGAUAAAUGGGCCAAGCUCUCUGAUGAAGAAGGAAAUAUCCCCGAAAGCACUGCUCCAAGAGGAGGCCUUAGUGAGGAAGUAUUUGCCAAAAAGUAUCUUACAAAGCUUGGAAACAGCACUACUCUUUAUGUUGGAAACCUCAAAACUGAACCUUUCUGAACUGAAGAGCACCAGGUGCUUGAAUUCUUCAGUUUCUGUGGUGAGGUCAAAAAUGUGAUAAUGGGCUUAAACAAAAACACUGGAACCCCUUGUGGAUUCUGCUUUGUCGAAUAUUACAACAGGCAUGAUGCAGAAAUGGCUAAGAAGUGCCUCAACUUAAAAAUGUUAGAUGGCAAUGAAAUCAGGAUUGACUUUGAUCUUGGGUUCAGAGAAGGCAAACAAUACGGAAGAGGUAAAUUUGGAGGCCAAAUCAGAACUGAGAUCACAAACAGGAGAAAACUCAGGGAAAACAACUAUAACAGAGGAGAAGGAGGUUAUAACAGAGGAGAAGGAGGCUACCAAAGAAGAGGAGGAUACUCCAGAGACUACAACCGCAGAGGAGGAUUCAACAGAGACCACAGAGACAGAAGAGACUUCAGACCAAGAAGAGAUUUCGGAGAUAGAAGAGACCAUGGCGAUAGAAGAGACUUUGGCAACAGAAACAACUACAACAGAGACACUAGAAGAAGAGAAAGAGAUUACUCGGGAGAUGACGCUGAGUUUGAAAAAUAUAGAGAAAGAAGAAACUAUAGACCAUAUGAUCAGUACAAAAGCAGCAGAAGAAGCAGGAGUGGAAGCAAAUCUAGUUCUGCAUAAAGAACCUGAUUCAAUCAGUUGA